CAAAUUGAAUAUAAAAAUAAAUAAAAUAUUACAACGGUUUCAAAUUUAUACAAAGUCGCCUAAAUAUUAAAAAAAAAUUAAAAUAUAUAAAUUUGUUCACAUUUAUUACAAAUUGUUAUCCAAAUAAAAAGUGUAUUCAUAUUUACAAAACAAAACAAAUAAAAUAAUUAUAUAAAUCCCUACAAGAAAACGUUACUUAAAGUACUUUUCUUCACCCAUACCCACACUUACAAACAUCUUCCAUAGGAGAAACAAUAAUGGAAAAUUUAUAAUUCAAAUUGGAUUAUUUUACUGUCAUUCCCCAAUCCAAACAGCAGUACAAGCAACAAUUUAAUGCUGGAUUCUUUUUUGCAACAAAUUUUGUGGAAUAUAUAACGAGUUGAAAUAAUUUGUGUAAAAAGUGUUAAAUUAAAAAAGUUUAUCGUUUGUGUUUAUCAAUAAACAGUCAACAGGAACUAAACGGGCUUAUCUAACGCUGCAGCUAACAGAUGAGCCCCAUCACCACAUGUCAAUUGCUGCAGCCGAAAAUGCAGGGCUUGGCCCAUCUGAUUUACCAAACCAUUGGGCAUCAACAUUAUCCACAGCAACAAAAUCAUCAACAAGUACAACACAAACAGAAACUGACUUCUCAACAAAUAUUACAAAUAAUUUCACAACAAAUUCAACGCUAUCAGCAACAGCUACAACAACGACAAUUUCAACUCAGACAUCGGCACCAACGAAUACAACGCCAGAAACAGAAUUUAGUUCAGCAGCGAUUAACAACAUUUGCAAGCUGCCGCGUUCAUCGCCGACUGCAGCAACAGCUGCUGUAACGGUUUCAAACGCUGGAUCAGCAGUGUUAGGGCUGGCACCGGUAGUUCCAACCUCAGCCGGUGUUGUACCCCUCCCCACCACUAUAGGUAGUGUUGGCAGCGCGGGAGGCGGUGGAGGGGCUGCUACAACAUCAUCAAUUAUUGCCAACCAUAGAACCAAUACAACAACAACGGAUUCCAUUAACAGCGUUUCACCUACGGCAGCUGCAAAUGUGCUUUUAGCCAGAUUUUCUGCUUUACAUCAGCACCAUCAACAACAACAGCAACAUAACGUAUUUUUAAACAAUAACCAUUCAUUGCUUAAUAAUAGCAACAAUUUGUUGCCUUUGCAUUUGCAACAUCAUCAACAACAACAACACCCUUCAUUGCAUAAAGCUGCUACAACAGCUGCCAACAUAGCUGCCGCUUUACAACGUUCUGCCAAUAUGAAUGCGGUGGCAUCACCGAUCUCAACCAAUUCCACGACGUCGUCGAAUCGAAAAAUUCGAAGGAAAAACGAUUCCAAAGCUAAUUUGCCUCAAUCCCAAAUAAAUAAGUGCAACAAUGAGAAGCGACGUCGCGAGUUGGAAAAUAAUUAUAUCGAGCAACUCUCAGAGUUUUUGCAACUUAAUAAGCGAGGCGAUAUGUCCUCAACCAAACCGGAUAAGGCGGCUAUACUAAAUCAAGUUGUGAAAACGUAUCGUGAUAUUUGCGACAGAGGCCAAAGUCGUGAUAUUUCUUCGUCUUCGUCAACACCGGCAUCGACAGGAACCACAACAUCACCAUCGACUACAACAUCUUUAUCAACGGCAACCUCGGGCAAUAGUACGAUAACCAAUAAUAACAGUAAUAACCAAAACACCUCAACACGCUGCAGUCGUUGUGCCACUGAUAACUGUUCAAUACAUCCGGUGCAACAAGGUGAAGUGUCAUCUACAGAACCACCACUGCCAGAGCCAUCACUGCUAAACGGACAAGUGCCUGAAAUUUCGGCAUAUUUUGAAGCAUUGGAACAUUACAUUUCAUCGGUAGGUUGGGUUCUGCUGCAGGUUAAUUCAGCUGGAAUUAUUGAAUCGUGUACGCAGAAUAUACGAGAACUGAUUGGUUAUGAAAAACAAGAGUUAUAUCGUCAACCAUUGUAUAUGUAUCUAUACCCAGGAGAUCAUGCCAAAUUAGAUCCUAUCAUAAGUAAUAUGUCGUCAUCUUCGUUGGGUGGAGGCAAUGGCAGCGGUGGAAGUGGCAAUGGCAACAUUCAUGAUGUUAAUUCAGCAUGGGGUCUGGGAGGUGAAACAGAAGACCAUACUAGUAAUUGUAGUAAACCGGAGCGUAGCAAUUCGACCAAAGUUCGAAUGCUAGUCAAAGAUAUACGUUCAUCAACACAAACCUCAGGAUCUUCAACGACCACAAAUAAUGAUAAUAGUAAUUCAAUGGACCAAAAACCAAAAUAUGAAGAAGUUGUUUUAAUGGCUGCUCCUGUCAAAGACGAUGGUGAUUCGACAUCAGUUUUGUGUCUUAUAACAAGGCCCGAAGAUGAAUCACCUUUGGAAAUGAAUAUUCAACAGCAUGUUCAACAUCCCACUAUCGAACAAGUAACCUUUAAAUUAGAUAUUCAUGGCAAAAUUAUAACCUUGGAUGCAACCACUUUAAGGGAACCUUUUAAAAUGCAUCUAUCGCAAUGGUCAGGUCGGUUGCUACAGGAUUUGUGUCAUCCUCAGGAUUUAUCCGCACUAAAGACGCAUUUACGUGAUAUACAGGAUUCCACCGCCGGCCUUAAUGCUUUAAAUGCCUCGCAGUCACCCGGAAGCGGAGUAGGUAUAAAUCCACCUAUAUCGAAUGUUACAUCUAAACCAUUUCGUUUACGUUUGGGAGCACCGGAUGUCUAUGUACACGUAAAGGCAAAUUCAAGAUUGUUUAUUAAUCACACACCUGGAGAAAGUGACUUUAUCAUGUCGGUGCAGACAUUGUUAAAUACCGAAAGUGAUAUGAAUAGUAAUAACACCGGUAUGAUGUCUGGUAACAGCGGAUUGUUAACCACAGGGAUGGCUGCGAUGUCUCCCGGAUCUUCUUUGGUAUCCUCGUUAGUUUCUAAUUUAUCUAUGGACUCGUUUGUUAACAACAACUCAGUUUCUUCACCGCUGGUUAAUGUCUCAGGUUUAGGGGGAUUGGUAGGUGGCGGAGGUAUGCCUCCGCAUACAACCCAGACUACAAAUGUGGGUGGUCCUCUAAUGACAUCGGCAGUUAUUAAUGGUACUGGUGGUGGUGUUAGUGGUUCUGGUGGAGGAGGUCCAGUUACAGUUAAUAGCGGCUCUGGUAUAAGCUCACAAAGGGCUGCUUACACAACUACUGCUACAUCAGGGGUGGCUUCUAAUAAUUCUUCAUUAGUUAAUUCAUUUACAGCUUCUCCUGCUGGCCACGAAGGUCCAUCAUUCUAUAGUAAUGAAUUUGAUUUAGACUUGCCACAUUCCUCAUUUGAAAUUGAUCCAUCCGUCUCGGCAUGGAAUGAUUCGAGACCAAAUUCCCGAGCUUCUGUGACCACGCCUGUAAGUACACCGAGACCUCCUUCAGCGGGACAUGGUUUUAGUCCGGCUGUGUGUCCCUCGCCCUCUACUCCUUACCAGUUAUCAUCACAUUCGGCGGCUAGUUUGCCUUCUCCUCAGUCAAAUGCGAGUCAAACAGGACCUGCAGUAAGCGGUGGGCCUGGACCAUUUGGUUUUGGUUUUCCGGCAUUUGAAAGUAAUAGUGAGAAAGUGGAUAAGGAUGGUUUAAACAAUAAUAAUGGCAACAGUAACAACAGCAAUAUGCCAAGUGUUAGUGGUGUAAGCAUUACUGGAAAUGUAUCAAAUGGUGGAAGUAAUCAAUUAAUGUUGGGCAGCGGUGGUGGUUCCUUAUUACCAACUAAUCAACAGCAACAAGCUCAACCGCAACAGCAACAACAACAACAUAAUACAACCCAAAAGCCACCUACUGAAUCGGAAAGGUUAAGACACUUACUCACUAAUAAAGCUCACCCCUCCGCCACAAAUUCUAUACUUGGGCCAGAUGGUGAUGAUACAAAGUUUUACAAACAAGAAGAGGACAAGGAGAGUUUACAGUCCAACAUGCCUGGAAUGUUCAAAAUGGGGCAAGGCCCGAUUGGCCAUGGAGCUAUGGGAACUUCGCGUAUGUUUAAUAUGCAAAAAUCGAAUUCCAGUAAUCCCAUGCUAUUAUCGUUACUUAAAUCUGAAGAUGAUGAAAAAGGUGGUCCAUCUAUGGGGCGUUCUGGUGAUAUGGUUCGCGUCAAAGAUGAACCACAUGGAUCUCAUGGUGGUGCGCAUAGCAAUCCGAACAAUUUGUCACCUGAAGAUUUGAGACGCAUUCUUAAACAUCAAGGUGACCCUGCAAUGACACGCAAACGUUCUUUAAAUGACCCUGAUGAUGGUCUUUCUGCCAAAAGAAGCGAUGAUCGCCCCUCGAAAUUAUGUGAAAACAAUAAGAUGUUGGCUCGCCUAUUAAGAAAUCCUCCAAAGAAUAUAAGCAUGAAUAUCCCUACUGGUAUCAAGAUAAUUCCUGAUAAAGUACCAGUUGCCGUUGGUCGUGUUUCCUCAACCCUUAGUGGUCUUAGUGCCGCAUCUUCAUGCAGUAGUAGUGUUAGUAGUGGGAUGUCAUCCAUGUCUAAUAAAAGUUCAGCAAUAACAACAAUGGCGGGGUCUGGUGCUCCUGCGGGUCCCGGGCGAGGAAGAGGACAACAUAAGCACCAACAACAGCAUACUUCAGACGUCUACCUCACUCAACAGCAACAACAACAGCAGCAAGGUUUGGAUCCUAUACCAGGUGGAACCAAUUUACAACGACCACCUCAAUCGCACCAACAAACUCAUGGGCAAAUGGAAUUUUCUUCAUCUUCUUCAUCAACGGUGGAUCAUCCGUUUGCCACCCCUCCAUUAAACACAACGGCCCCCUCAACAACAUCUACCUCAACAUCAAGUGCAACAACUGGUACCCCUCUGGCAGGUUUGGGCGAUGGUGAUUCCGAACUUUCCAAAAUACUUGACAGUGUUAUGGACUACGUUUCUGAUGAUCAGUCGUUUGCACCCUCUACCCCAACCGGUUUGACACCUCAACAAAUUAAUGAACGUUUGGCUAUCAGCGAAAUACAAAAAUCUCUCAUGGUAGAAACAUCAGCAUUUAGAAAUGGCCCUAAUGCCAUUAUUGGUUCUCAAACCGCCCAACAAAUGUUACAACAACAAAUGCAGCAACAACAACAGCAUUCUCAGCUGCAGCCUCCUGCUUAUCCAGGUAGUGGGAUUCCAGGUGCUGGAGGAAAUACCAAUAGUAUGACUCCACAGCAAUUACAGCAGCAACAACAAAUGCAAGUGAUGCGCAUGCAGCAAAUGUUGGAAAACAUGAGAGCGAAUCAAAAUUUCCAAAGACCACCUCCCAAUUAUCCAACAAGAGGUAGGGCACCUGCAAUGAAUGCGGUUGCAACACCUGGUGGAAGUAUGUCUGCAACACAACGAUAUCGCACAUUGGCUCAGCAACAAAUUGUCCAACAGCAAAAGGAACGAUUGUUGCAGCAGCAGCAAAAACAACACAUGUUAGUGCCAGAGAAUGCAACAGCUCGUAACGACCAAUUGUGCUUAAAUCCCAACAUCGGUACUCUGCUCAAUACAGUCGCUCCUAAUGUAACAUUGUCACGCACAAAUAUGCCUCCCGACUCACAAUUAAGUCCGAAUUUUGCCCAAACCAUGAUGCAACAACAAUUAAGUCCGGGCCAAAGAAAUGCUAAUUUCAGUCCACAAUCUAAUACAGGCUAUGGCCCACAGUAUUCCCAAAGUGGACAACGUUUAUCACCUCAACAACAAUUAUCGCAGCAGGCAUCUGCACAACAAGCGCAAAUGGCAUUCCAGAAUAGUAACGCCGCCCAAUUAUCACCUAGACAACCGCAUUUUGGCAACCAAGGUCCUAAUACUCCCGCAAAUGCUAACAUACCUUCACCAGGUAUAGCACCGAAUGUAUCACCACAACAGUGGUCAGCACAGGCUCCAGUAAAUCCACAACAAAGAGCUCAUUCACUGCAACAGCAUAAUCCUAUGCUAAGUGCCCAAUUACAGGGAGUAAGUCCUUACAAUGCCCGCCAAUACCAACAACGAGGACGAAGUCUGAAUUCGCCGAGUGGAGCGAUGACGACAGGUCCGGGUGUUACAUCGGGCCCUCAAGGUCCUGCAGCUGCUGGGUUGCAACGUCAAAAUUCAUUUCAAACUAAUGAUGGUGGCGGAUUUGCAAACACAACACCGAAUUCACCAUCGCCACAAUCUCCAUAUGGAGGUGGCAGUGUUUUUCAACAGCAACAAAAUCAGCAGCAGCAAAUGCAACGUAUGCAACGACAAACAAGUAUGCCGCAAGCUUCGCAACACCUGCCAGCUGGUAACCCCGCCUCUUCAGAUUAUGUUAAACAAGAACUACGAGCUGUUGUAAGUGGUCGAGCUGCAGCAGCUGCCAAUUCGGGUGGAAAUGGUGUUCCAGGGGGAGGAAAUGGUCCUGGAGGAGGUGGCAUACCCAGCGGUUUAAGAGUCGCUACUCCUCAAAGUCCACAUGGACCACAAACUUCUCAGGGACCUAUGUUAGGUACGAAUAGUACGAAUUCUAUGGCCAUGACACAACAGCAGCAACCACAAACAUCAAUAAGUAGUGGCAAUGUUUCCAAUAAUUCAACAGUUGUAGCUAGUAGCGCUGGAAAUGGCAGUGGAGGUAGUAACAUUAAUAAUGCUUUAUUAAACACACCACCAGAUCCAACAAUGGGUUUUAGUUUUGAUCCACAGGAUUUUUUUGGUAGCAACUCUGCAAGGUGACCCUAAAAUGUAUUUUUACUCUAAUGUGUCAACAUUUAAUGCCGACAACGCUGACGUGCAUUCAACUUUAUCCUGAUACGAUACAUUCAAAAUCAACUUUAAUACAAACAUCUACGAUAUUAUGCAGAUGUUACGUACGUACAUACAUAUGUGUGUGUAUUAAUGUCGUAUAUCGUAUAUGCCUGUAUCAACUACAACAACAACAACAUACUACGUAACAAUAAGGUGCAAUAGUCCGUUUUAAUUUUUUAUUUCCUUUUUUAUUUAAUAUAUACAAACUAAUAAUAAAAUUACUAUUCGUAUACAUAUACUCAAACACACAAAAACAUACAAACACAGCGUUAGCAUUUAUUUAAAUUAAAUUUAGUCAAGUAAAUCAAUUAAUGGCAAAAUAAAAUGUAUAUCUGCAACGCAGCACUCAGAGUUUUGCUUUUGAAACUAACGAAAAAAGAGAAACAUUUUAAAAAUUAAGUUGAAAAGGAAAAUAAACAAUUUACUGCAUUUUUAAUUAAAAGUAAGGGUUAUAAAAACUGCAAAAAAAAAAAAAAACUUUUUUAAAACGAUACUAAAUUAUAUUAUGUAAAAAUAGUUGGAAAUUUAAAUAAAUAAUUGACAUUUCAUGAAUAAUUACCUUAACAAAAUGCACUCUUGAAGAAAAUAGGGUUUAUAAAAAGAAAAAUACAAUUUUAAAAUUUUUUGAAUAAUUUUCUAGAGAAUUAAUUGAAAAACAAUACGCAAAACCAAUUAUUAAAUACUUUUGUAAUGCUAAGAACUUUUAAUAUUAAACUUAUUAUAUUAUAAAUAUAUAAAACAUACAUAUAAAUAGAAUAAUUAUGGGACUAACGAAAUAACAAACACCUUUUUUGCGCCCCACAUUUUCACUGAUACCCCUUCCUCUUUUUAAACAUUAAUCAAAUAUAUUAUAUAUUAACUAUAUAUUAAUGUUAUUAUGUAUUUAAAAAUUAAAAUAGCAAAUUUAUUUAAGAGCAAAGUCAUGCAAAAGAAGAAAAUUAAAAUAUAUUAUAUAUAAAAAAUAUAUAUAUUUUAAAUUAAGUUACACUUAAAGUUUACAUUAAAAAUGUGUACAUAUAUACAAUAUACAUAUAUGCAUAAAUACAUAAGAAAAAUUAAAAAAAGAAUCGUGAAAUUGUACUAAGACACAUAAUUUCAUAUUACACUACUGUAUACCAAACACGUAAAACAUAUUUAAAUAAUGAAAAGUAUAAAAUGUUUUAAUUCAUGUUCUAUUUUAUCUAUGUUAUCGUAAAAUCUUAUUAUACUAUUCUGUUACGCGUACAUAUACAUAUUCUUUGAAUAUUUUUUAUUUAUUUUCUUUUUAUUUAAGAAAUAAUGUUACAAAAAAAAUAAAAAAGCAGAGCUUAUCUUUAUAUAUUAUACAUUAUUAAUCAUUAAAUUUGUUUGUGUAAAAUUUAAUCAAAAUUGAAUGAAAAUCUUCUCACAAAUUUGUUUGCAAAAUAUAGUUAAAGUAUAAUUGUUUCUUCACCUGUGAUCAAAUAAGAUAUAAAAUAUUUCGAAAAUCAAGAUAGACCCAUCAAUUACAUCAAUAACAUCUGAGUAUGUGUAUAGGUGAACAUAUUUUAAAUAAAAGUUGUUUUUUUAUACUUGUAAAGAUCUUGAGAUCGAUGCCUAAUCGAAAAGUCACACACUUGAUGAAAUAUAAAUCACAAUAGAGUUUUAAUACAGACAAAUAUUUCGUCAACACUUUUUAAAAUUUUACAGGAAAAACAAAAAUCUAAAUAAAAUUAAAGCUAUCCUAAUAUCAAUAAACACGUUUGAAUAUUAUGUUGCAUUUUAGGACUUUCUGGCACUAGGAAAUGACAAAUUUUUUGUUGCGCCCUGUUCAAUUUCAUAUUAAUAAACUCGGUAUUUUUGACAAUGAGAUCUACAUGUAUUUUGAUGCUGUCGACCAUUUUCAAUCAAAAAGUCGAUUCUAAAUUUUUUGGUUGUUACGCACUUUUUCAAUUCAGAUUACAAUUUGUUUACAGAUUACCAAAUAUUCAUUUAUAUAUCACUCACGUUUAUGAAAAUGAAAAAUGUAUUUUUUGUUGUUUUAUGUUCUAUUCAUGUGUGACAAGACAAAAAUUCAUUCCUGUAUUUAUAACAUUUUAUUUUUCUACAAAAUUGAGAAAAUUUUUGCUCUAGCAUUCAAAAAAAAAAAACAAGUGUUUAUGCUUAUCAUUUUGAAUGUUCAAAAUUGAAUGAGAAAUAUUUGGGAGUGUUCGUCUUUUUGUAAAUUUUGUUUUUAGUUUUACAAAUAGUGUUUGCUAUUUCUGAAAUAAAGCGACAUCAUCAUUUUAAAAAUGUGAUACUUUUAACUUUAAAAUAAUGUGUACGAGUAUAGAUUCGACUUUUAUAAAUAUGAUGUAGACUGUUAAUUUAAUCUCUAAAAGUUGAAUGUAUCAAAUUUGUUUUCUUGUCCAAUAUUUGUUUACUAUUUUUAAUUUUUCCUAGUUUCCUUAAACAUAUUAAACUCCUAUUAGAGAAUUAUAUUUAAAGGCUAUUGCAAAAUGAAAUUUAUGCAUACAAAUAUGUGAAAAACAAAAUAAAUUUUACAAAUAAAACGAAUGUCAAAGUGUUUUCAGUGUGAUAAUUUUCUAUUUAACGGUCACCUUAAUUUUAAAAUCUGUAAUAAAAUAAUAUCUGAAAAGUUGCUUCAAAAAUUAUUUACUAACAUUUUCAAAAAACAAAAUAUUUACAUAAAAAAUCCGCUUAAAUUUGUUUAUUUAUGCAUUCAGUUUCAUUGUCGAACAUGGUUAUAACGAACUAUAUCUAUAGCAGUGAACCUAGAUUGUAUUAAACUUGCUCAUUUUGUGAUAGGUAUUCUGGUUCUUUUAAUCUUGUUUUUAUUCUAUCUUGUGAUUAUUUAAAAUGGACGACAUCUUUUAGUUUAAGCAUUUUCAAUCAAAAUAAUAAGGUCUGGUAAUGCAAAAGUUAAACAAAAUUUGUACAAAUAAUUGCUAUCAAACGGCUUUAAUGAACUAAAUUUGUCGGUCUCUACGAGUUCGUUAUAACCGUGUGUGACUGUACACGUAUUAGGUGUUUCCAACUUUAUAUAGACUUAAAAUUUGAUACAAUUAAAAAUGAAUUAAAGGAAUAGUGGAAGUUAAUUAGGUUUAUCUUACCUAUUUCAGGGAAAUAUAAGUUGUUAAAAACAAUCUUACGACAUUAGGGCUUAUAAAUUCUUUUUGAAAUGUGUUAGUAGAUAAAAAACAUCUUGUAAAUAAUUUUUUCUAUAGAAAAUUUAUAAUUUAUGAAAUAUAUUUUUUAAUAACAAAAAUUAGUUAAUUUUUUAAUAAUGAAUGUUGAAAACAUUUAAAAUGCUUUACUAACAAAACAAAUAAUAAUCA